AUGCAUGUCAAUGAUUUCUCGAACGUGAAAUUGGCUCACACAAAUGACACCAUUUACACUUCCCAAAUACUGAGAGAUAACCAUAAUGACACUCUCAUCUCAUCAACUGGAGCCUUUGCAUUGGGUUUUUUUAGCCCUGGGAGCUCCAAGAAUCGGUACGUGGGCUUAUGGUACAACAACAUUCAAGACAAGACAGUGGUGUGGAUCGCCAACAGAGACGAUCCUCUCACCGAUCGAUCAGGUGUGCUCCGAGUCAUUGAGCCCGGCUGUCUGCUCCUUCUCAACAGUGCUACCAAUGCUACUGUUUGGUCUGCUAAUAUAUCAAGCAUUGUGCACCCUCCACUCGCGCGCUUACUUGAAUCGGUGAAUCUCAUUGUGGUGGAUGAAAACGAUGAGAGCAAUAUAAUAUGGCAGAGUUUCGACUAUCCAACUGACACUUUCUUACCAGGCAUGAAGCUUGGUAUGAACUUUGUGUCCGGCCAUCGAGUCUACCUCUCAUCUGCUAAGAGCAAUGAUGAUCCGGCAACAGGUGUUUUUACGUACCAGAUUGAUCCUAGUGGCUAUCCACGGAGUGUGAUCAAAGACGGUGUUACAGUCCGGUGUAAAUCAGGGCUGUGGAAUGGUGUUCACUUCAGCGGAAGGCACAACUUGGUGAAGAACAUCAUUUUCCGUUUGGAUUGGUUAUAA